CUGCCUGUGUGAGUAUCACAAACAUGGCGGAAAGCGAGUUGAACGUUGACAGCAUCAUCUCUCGGUUACUGGAAGUGCGAGGAUGUCGUCCAGGGAAGGUGGUGCAGAUGACAGAGGCUGAGGUGCGGGGGCUCUGCAUCAAGUCCAGAGAGAUUUUCCUCAGUCAGCCCAUCCUGCUAGAACUGGAGGCUCCACUCAAAAUCUGCGGUGACAUCCACGGACAGUACACAGACUUGCUGAGGCUAUUUGAGUAUGGAGGCUUCCCUCCAGAGGCCAACUACCUGUUCCUGGGGGAUUACGUGGACAGAGGGAAGCAGUCGCUGGAGACCAUCUGCCUGCUGCUUGCCUACAAGAUCAAAUACCCAGAAAACUUCUUCUUGCUCAGGGGGAACCACGAGUGUGCCUCCAUCAAUCGCAUUUACGGCUUCUAUGAUGAGUGCAAGCGCAGGUUCAACAUAAAGCUCUGGAAGACCUUCACAGACUGUUUUAAUUGUCUGCCCAUUGCUGCUAUUAUUGACGAGAAGAUUUUCUGCUGCCAUGGAGGGCUCUCACCUGACCUACAGUCCAUGGAACAGAUUCGACGCAUUAUGAGACCCACUGAUGUCCCUGACACAGGGUUGCUGUGUGACCUGCUGUGGUCAGACCCAGACAAAGACGUCCAGGGCUGGGGGGAGAAUGAUCGGGGAGUUUCCUUCACCUUUGGGGCCGACGUGGUCAGCAAGUUUCUCAACCGUCACGACCUGGACCUCAUCUGCCGAGCACAUCAGGUUGUUGAAGAUGGCUAUGAGUUCUUUGCCAAACGACAGCUGGUGACGCUGUUCUCGGCCCCCAACUACUGCGGGGAGUUUGACAACGCAGGCGGCAUGAUGAGUGUGGACGAGUCCCUUAUGUGCUCCUUUCAGAUCCUGAAGCCGUCAGAAAAGAAAGCAAAGUACCAGUACGGAGGGGUGAAUUCAGGGCGCCCUGUCACCCCGCCUCGUACCACUCAGGCUCCGAAAAAGAGGUGAGCAGCUGGCCCUGACUCUCCUGCUCCUCCCCCGGCUGGUCUCUGGCCCACGUCCCUGCAGGCUGCCUCAAACACUCCAGCCCUCUCUCAGUCAGCUCGUUCAUGUGUAAACAGAAACUACAGGAGUGUUUUUUGCUUGUUCUGUGGGUAUUUUUAUGAACAUGUGGUAUUUUUUCCAUUUCUUUUGAUGCCAUGGUAUGUAUUAACUCAGCCCUCACUUCUACUACUCAGUCCAUACACCAAUAUUAACACCAAACUCUUGUGGAAUGGGCAAGAUGUUAAGAAAAGAUGCUUCUCUGCCUUCAGAUUAACAAUGUCCAUAGUGAUUUUGUGAAUGCAUGCACGCUUGUGAGAUUGAGACAGGUUCUGCCCUAGCCACUGUAAAAUCCAUACAUUCUCCCAGACAACAGAGACAACUCUCUCUUGUCUGACCUUGAUUUGUCUAAUGUUCAUGUAGUUAAGCUAAUUACUGCCAUCUCCCCCUUCAUUGGCUGAAGUAGUAAACUGCUUAAAGGAACAGUUUGACAUUUUGGGAAAUGUGCUCAUUUGCUUUUUUUGUCAAGAGUUAGAUGAGAAGAUCAAUACAGCUCUCAUGUCUGUAGAAUAUGAAGCUACCACCAGCAGCUGGCUAACAUAGCUUAGCACUGGGACAGCAAACAGCUAGCCUGGCUCUGUUCAAUGUAUCCAGUGUAUAUUGUCUGUUUAAUUUGUACAACAAUCAAGCAUGACAACAACAAAUCUACAUUUUGCAAAGUUUUAUGUGUUUGAUUGUUUCAGUCAGGCAGACAACCUACGUAAAGCUUUUUUUUUUUACGCUUUGUUUUUGUAUGGAUUAAACAAACGAGACACAAUGUGUUAACUAACAAGUUUAAAAAAUUCUUGUUGGUGGAUUUUAUUACCUUUAGACACAGCUAGCUUAUCUGUUUCUAGUCUUUAUGCUAAGCUAAAUUUGCCAGCUGCUGGCUGUAUAUUCAUAUUUCAUGGGGAGACAUUAAGCAUCGAUCCUGCACAACUCUUGAAAAUUUUGGGAAAUGCACUUUGUCGCGAAAUUUUUCCUUUAAGAAGUUACACAUUGAUAUAACUUUCCCUAAGACUCAAGAAUGUUUUCCUCCCUGUGGAGGUGUCAGUAAAAUCUUGAGUUUAAUAAUAUAAGUGCAAUAAAUAUUACCAAACACAUCUGUAAAGGUCAUUAAAGCCUACUUUAAAAAAGGACAGUCAACCUAAGCUGUACCUUUACUAGGACAUUCAUACAAAUCUGAUGCUCUCCAUCAAUGUUCCCAGCCUGUUUUUCAAAACCAGUACCAAGCUCUGAAACUUUUUCAUCUCUCACAUCACUGAAGGAGCAUUUGUGCUUAUUAAAGAGCAGAAUUUCCAUUGAGUAAUGCAAUAGCGUAAAUGUUUCAUUUUCAGUUUUGAUGUAAAUUCAGUGUAUGUGGAAAAUGUGGGAACCAAACAUGAGUGAGCACUUUGAGUUUGUGUCCUUUAGUCUGGUAAGUACAGCAGGUGUGUAGGACAGUAGAGACGGAUAUGGCGGUGUUAGAGAACAUGACAGGAACUAAAGCACAGUAUGGGAUUUUAAGGAGGACUUAUCAGUAUAUUCAUUUUUUUCAGUAGAUGUCAAGCUCUCACACACUGAACUUCGUUGCACUUCCAGUCAUUGCAUGACAUUGUGAAGAGAUCAAACUCAUCCAGUUAAGGUGAUGGCAUUUUGGUUGUUGUUCCCACUUAGUGGUUAUUGAAUGAAGUCAGUCAUUUCCAACUCACUAAUGAACAUUUAACCAAUGUAUUUUUAUUUAUUUAAAUCUUGCCUUUUGCCUUGUAAAUCUAUUGGUCAUCAAGUUGGAAACAGUAUGUUAAGACGUUUUGAGAUUUGUACGAGUUUGUUUCAAACGAGUGAAAUAAAUGGAAGUGCUGUUGAGCCUGUU